CCCUGUCAGCUGCCCCGCCUCCUCCUGCGGUGACGGUCAGUGUACCGAGUCUAUCUGCUGCCGUGUACGCUGCUGUCUUCCUCCCGGUUCCUCCGCUGUUUUUCUGUGAUGGUGAAGAGGAGAAACAACGGCCGCUGCGCUUCACACGACAGCUAGCCUCGUGGGAGGCUCCUCCCGAUGUCAUGGCGUCCAGCCACAGCUCCUCCCCAGUGCCUCGUCCCAGCGGUCGAGGCCGAGCUGGGAUUUAUCACAAGGAGCGAGACGCCUCCCCGAAUCGCUGCCGGCCGGUUCGCUCGCUGCCCGACGUUUGCCCCAAAGAGCCGACCGGUGAGGGUCGGGCUCUGUGUGACGGACCGUCGGUGGUUGCGGAGCACGACAGAUGGACGGUCUUCAGCUCUAAGGUGAAUCUUCCCGCCGCGCUCAACGACCCGCGACUCGCCAAACGGGAAUCUGACUUUUUCACCAAAACAUGGGGGCUGGACUUCGCAGAGACGGAGGUGAUGCCCUCGUUCUACCUCCCCAACAUCACCAGGGAACACUUCGGGCCGUACCUGCAGGAGAUGGCUCAGAGGGAAAGAAUUCAUGAACGCUGUAAGACGAUCUGUCCCAACAAAGACGACGUGGACGCCGUUUCCAGUAUCACCACCAACCACGAUAAAUCCAGAGCUGAGCUGGAACAAGUCCCGAAGAUCUUCAUGAAGCCUGAGUUUGCUCUGGAGGAUCCGGCUACGUUCAACGCUGUGCUUCCCUGGUCGCACUUCAACAGCGCCGGAGGGAAGAGCAGCAGAGACGUGGCUUCGUCCAAACUGCUGCAGGAGAAGCUGAGUCACUACCUGGACGUGGUGGAGGUGAGCAUCGCUCGGCAGAUCUCUCUUCGCUCCGAGGCGUUUUUUCACGCCAUGUCGUCUCAGCACGAGCUGCAGGACCGUCUGCAGGAGACGCAGCGAGCCGUGUCCGUGCUGCGCGGCCGCACUGCCGCCAUCGACCGGGUCAUGUGCCAGGGGCCUCUGAGGGCCCUCCGCACCGCCCUGACGCGCAACAACUGCGUGAAGCUGCACAACAAGCUGAAGCUGAUGGCGGCGGUGCAUCAGACGCAGCCGACGGUGCAGCUGCUGCUCUCCACCUCCGAGUUCGUAGGAGCGCUAGAACUCAUCGCUACGACCAAGGAGGUGCUGCAGCAGGAGCUGCAGGGGAUCCACAGCUUCAGACAUCUGGGCUCUCAGCUGUGUGAGCUGGAGAAGCUGAUCGAUAAGAUGAUGGUUGAAGACUUCAGCAUGUACGCUCGCAGCGACCUGAACCGCAGCCUGAAGGACGAGCCGCAGGUCCUCGAGAAGGUUCACAACGCUGUCUCACUGAAGGAGCGUCUGGCCUCGCUGGUGUUCGGCCUGCUGCGGCAGAGGAAGCUGGACUUUCUGGAUAUUUACAGCGAUGAGAUGAUCAUGGCCGCCAAACUGAUCGUCUCUCAGUGUGUGGCAGAAAAUGUUUUGCACAUAGAAGAAAUCGACACUGAAGUCGUCACUAAGCUAGCCGACCAGAUGCGUCUGAUGACUUUCCCUCAGUGGUUCCAGCUGCUGACGAGCGUCUUCGAGAGUUUCCUUCUGUUCCUGCAGAGGAUCAAGGCGACUCUGAACGUGAUCAAGAACGUGGUUCUGGAGAUUCAGGACUCGAACCAGAAGAUGCGUCUGCUGGAGGAAGCCGCUUCAGAGCCUGCAGGUCAGGAGUCCUGUCAGAGUCUGCAGCUGCUGCAGGGGGAGGCGGAGCUGGCCUACCUCACCCACGAGGGUCUGUUCAUCAGCGACGCUCUGAGCGAAGCCCAGCAGCAGCAGGUCCAGGAUCAGAGCUCUGCAGCAGGAACCAGGACCCAGCAGAACCGAACAGAACCAGAGUCUACAAGCAGGGAGCAAAACUUCAUGUCGGCUGAGAACAUGAUGCCUUCUGAUCAGGAGCUGAACCGGGUGCUGAACAACAUCCAGGAGCUGCUGUUCACCGCCUCCGACGUUAGCCACGACCGCUGCGUCAAAGUGCUCACAGCCAGAGCCAAGGACGGCUCUCUGGAGCGUCUGAGCUCGGCGGAGUUUGUGUGUCUCUCGCAGGCGGUGGACGGUUUCAUCAGGGACACGGAGGAGCUGUGCGGCCGGCGCAGCGUCUCCCUGAGGGGGGCGCUGCAGAGCCAAGCCAACCGCUUCGUCCAUCGCUUCCACGAAGAGCGCAAAACCAAACUCAGUCUUCUACUGGAUAACGAGCGCUGGAAGCAGGCCGAGGUUCCUGCUGAGUUUCAGGAUCUGGUGAACUCCAUCGCUGACGGCAGGAUAACACUACCAGAGCGCAAAACUACAGGUCCAGACGACAAGAAGCCGGCCGAGUUCCUGCUUGUUAACGGGCAGAAAUACGCCGUCGUCGGGACGGUUCUGCUGCUGAUCCGGAUCUUCCUGGAAUACUGUCAGUGUGUGAGCGACAUCCCAGCCAUCGCCACCGACAUGCUCACGCGUCUGUCGGACCUCCUCAAGCACUUCAACUCUCGGAGCUGCCAGCUGGUUCUGGGAGCCGGAGCUCUGCAGGUCGUCGGCCUGAAGACCAUCACCACCAAAAACCUUGCGUUAGCGUCGCGCUGCCUGCAGCUGGUGGUUCUCUACAUUCCCGUCAUCAGAGCUCAUUUUGAGACCAAACUGCAGCCGAAACAGUUCAGCGUCCUCAGGCACUUCGACCACAUCACCAAGGACUACAACGAUCACAUAUCAGAGAUCUCAGCUAAACUGGUCGCCAUCAUGGACAGUCUGUUCGAGAAGGUUUUAUCAAAGUACGAGGUGAAAGCUCCGAUGCCGUCGGCCUGCUUCAGAAACGUCUGUAAGCAGAUGGCGAAGAUGCACGAAGCCAUCAACGAACUUUUACCUGAAGACCAGACUCAGAGGUUGUUUCUGAGGAUCAACGCCAGCUUUAAAAUGCAUCUGAAGCGGCAGCUGGCUCGACUCGGCGUGGUCAACGACGGAGGACCGCAGAACGGGUUGGUGGUCGUGGACGUUGCGUUCUACACGGAGAACGUUCAGGUGCUGAAGAGCCUCGAGCGGCUCGAACUCAACAUGGCCGAAAUCUGGGAGCAGAAGAGGUGAUGGAGGACGGCGUCGGGACGUCCGGGACCGACCCAACGACCCGCCUGCUGACGCUGGGUUGGUGGAGUUGGAGAGGGGGGGGGAGGGGGGUGGCGCCGAACCGAACCGAACUCGGGGCUGCCGGCGGCUGCAGAGGCCCAAUGGAGGGACCAAAAAAUAUAUUAAAAAACUACGAGGAGGAGACGAAGAUGCAGCAGCAGCCCGGCGAGGAGCUUCCUGAACAGCUCCACCUUAAAAACAAACUAUCAAGUAACACACAGAGCCUCCUUAAAAAAAACUGCUGCCACCUCAUCUCACUGUGUGCAAUUCAAACAGGAACACUAAAGUAAAUUAUUAGACAGUUUUAGAGGGAGCGCAGGCUGUAGAUAAUGUUAAAGAGAAUGGCGGGGUAAUUUAUUUUUCUGUCGUCGUGGAAACAUUCGACUCUGAUGGCGAAGGGACGAAGAUUUUUAUCAACGCGCACGGCAGCCGAAGUUUUUUCUGUCUCUUGAUUUCUUUGGAUUCAGGGUUUCAUCGGGAGAGAGGGGGAUAUAAAAUAAAAGGAGAUUUAUUUUUUUUUCCUCUUUCCUGCUCUGAAAGAAUCAACCGGGGUUUUGUUUUCUUGGUGUUUUUUUUUCCCCCCCAAAAAAGAUCGGAUUCACAUCGGCUGGUUUUCGGUUUGCUAACGAAACCGAAAUAUUUUUUUUUAUAUACUUAACACAGGAUUUAUUUUCCGCACUACUCCUCGGAAGGAAAAUGUGUAAUCGAAGAGUUAAUUUUCCUCUAUUUUUUUUUCUUCUUUUUUAAAAUAAAACAAAUCCAGACUGUGAAAAGCGUCACAACUUCCUGUCAUUACCAAAGUAAAACACUUUCUAAAUUCGGGGGGGGGGGGGGAAUCAAAAACGGGCAAUAUUUAACAGUCCAAUCAUGCAUCUGGUUUAUUUUUUCUUCAGUCGUCAUGGUGAUCCAAGUGGUGAUGAAGAAGAAGUGGAUUUUUUUCUUUUCUUUUUUUAAUUAUUUUAUAUAAAUGUAGUAAAUUGAUGAGAGCAUGAAGAUGAGCUGUUGAUAACUGGACCUUCUUUCUCCCUUCUUACUGUAGUUUUAAUCUGCAUGAACAGAACCGGAGCGCUUUGAUUUUCCUCAGAGGCCGAAACUACAGAAAGGAACAGAAAAUCAGAAAUGUGUUUUAUUAUUUUUUAUUAUUUUUUUAAUUGUUCCUUCUUUAUUUUUUUUAUGUGGGCUACAGAGAUGGUGACAUUUAACUUUCAGACGCAGUUUGUUCAAACUAUAAAGUAUAAAAGUUCUUCUCUGACAUGAAGCAGGAGUCGUCUCUGCUUUACAGUCGCUUUUAAAUAAGUUAAAAAUAAAUUAUAAAAAAAGUUGAUUUAUUUGUUUGAGUUCAGGCAGUUUUUUGGUCUCAGGUGAUCAAACCACACGACGCGGACCAAACUGAUACCAAACCAACGUUAGACGGCACGUCGUCCUGCUGUCAGGUGCUUUUUUCCUCACCGUUAUUCCACAAUUUGUUCUAAUUCCUUCAAAACUAAACACAAUAAGCAAAA